AUGCGAGGCCUUGGGCCGGGCCUCACGGCGCGGCGUUUCCUCUCGCUGCGGUUCCCUUCGCGGCCGCCUCGGCCGCCCGGGGCCUGGCUAUCUAGCAGGCCCGCGGCGGCGGCCGGCGCCCUGGAGCGGGCCAUGGACGAGCUGUUGCGCCGCGCCGUACCGGCCACGCCGGUAUACGAGCUGCGCGAGAAGACGCCAGCACCGGCUGAGGGUCAGUGCGCGGACUUCGUUAGCUUCUACGGCGGCCUGGUCGAGGUGGCCGAGCGGGCUGAGCUGCUGAGCCGCCUGGCGCAGGGCUUCGGCGUGGAUCACGGCCAGGUGGCCGAACAGAGUGCCGGCGUGCUGCAGCUGCGCCAGCAGUCGCGGGAGGCGGCCGUGCUGCUGCAGGCCGAGGACCGGCUGCGCUACGCGCUCGUCCCGCGUUACCGCGGCCUCUUCCAUCACGUUAGCAAGUUGGACGGCGGGGUGCGCUUCCUGGUGCGCCUGCGCGCCGACCUGCUGCAGGCGCUGACGCUCAAGCUGCUGGAGGGGCCGCACAUCCGGGAAAUGGACGGUGUGCUGAAAAGCAUGCUCUCAGAAUGGUUCUCCUCCGGGUUCCUCAACCUAGAACGGGUCACCUGGCAUUCCCCGUGUGAGGUGCUUCAGAAAAUCAGUGAGUCUGAAGCAGUGCAUCCUGUGAAAAAUUGGAUGGAUAUAAAGCGUCGCGUGGGGCCUUACAGAAGAUGCUACUUUUUUUCUCACUGCUCCACCCCAGAGGAGCCACUGGUGGUUCUCCAUGUGGCCCUGACCAGCGACAUCUCCAGCAACAUCCAGGCCAUAGUGAAGGAGUGUCCGCCCGCAGACCCUGAGGACAAGAACAGCAUCAGCACUGCUAUCUUCUACUCCAUCAGUCUGGCCCAGCCUGGCCUCCAGGGCGUUGAGCUGGGAACAUUCCUUAUAAAACGUGUCAUAAAGGAGCUGCAGACAGAGUUCCCUCACCUGCAGACCUUUUCCAGUCUGUCGCCCAUACCCGGCUUCACCAAGUGGCUCCUGGGCCAGCUGAGCUCGCAGAAGGAGCACAGCCGGAGCCAGCUCUUCACCGACUCGGAGGCUCGGGAGCUGGCCGAACUCACCGGCGGGCCCAUCGCCGAGACCCUCAAGGUCUUCCUCAGCGGCUCUGAGUGGGCCAAGUCCGAGAAACUGGUGCGGGCGCUGCGGGCGCCCCUGAUGAGACUCUGCGCCUGGUACCUGUACGGCGAGAAGCAUCGCGGUUACGCCCUCAACCCCGUCGCCAACUUCCACCUGCAGAACGGGGCUGUGAUGUGGCGGCUCAACUGGAUGGCCGAUGAGAGCCUCAAGGGCGUCAGCAGCUCCUGUGGCCUGAUGGUCAAUUACCGUUACUACCUGGAUGAGACGGCCACGCACAGCACUUCCUACCUGGGCUCCAAACACAUCAAAGCCUCCGAGCAGGUCCUCAACCUCGUCUCCCAGUUCCAGAAGAACAGCAAGCUGUAG